CGCCGCCGCCGCCGCCGCCGCCGCCGCCGCCGCCGCCGCCGCCGCCGCCGCCGCCGCCGCCGCCGCCGCCGCCGCCGCCGCCGCGAUAAUCACCGUCCUCGUCUGAACCGUCGGCGUUCUCCAAACUACUACUACUACUAUCCAUAAUCGUGCGGUGGUGUCGCGUUCGCGGUGAGAAUCUCGCUCGAUCUUUCUCGUCGCCGUCGUCCCUGUCAACGAAGUCGUCGCUAUCGCCAUCUAAUCGCCAUCGUCGCCGUCGCCGUCGUUGUGCGGAUCGCGCGUGGUCCAGCGAUCCUAGAGUGAGCGAACGAGCGAACGAACCAACAAGGCUCGCGCGAGCCCAAAGCUAUCAUCCCCCCCGCAAGAUUCGUCGAUACUCGUCUCGCGUGCACCCGCGAGUGCACUCGGGUGCGCCUACCCCCCCCGGGUGCGAGGAGGGGACCGCCCGUGAAAUCAAGAAAGAGACAGAGAGAUAAAGAGAGAGAGAGAGAGAAAAAAGAGAGAGCGAGAGAGAUACGAGGGAGCAGAACAGCUGAAAGAGAGACGCGUGUCUCCUUCCUCUCGUCCGUGUGUCGGCGGUAUCAUCGUCAAGAACGCCCAUGAACAGUUCCUAGGCACCGAUGUGCCGCGUCGUGCGAUAACUUCCGUCACCUCUCCGUCACCCUCCCUCCCCCCCACCCCCCUCCCCAGGUCGACCGUCCGCACGUCCGCUCUCUCCCUCCCGGCGGCGUAUUUCCGUGCGCGCGUGUGUUGCGUGUGUGUGUGUGUGUGUGGCGGCCGCGCCGGGCUCUCGAGGUGAAAAUACCGCCCUCUCCUUCCACCCAACCCCUCCGUGUACGCGGAAGGUAGGGCGCCGCUAUCUCGCGAAAGCGAGUAAGCACGCGAAACAGGGAGGCAGAGGAGGAGAAGGACGUCGAGGAGGAGGAGGAGGAGAGAGGAGGAGGAGGAGAAGGAGAAGGACGAGGAAGAUAGAGAAGAAGGAAGGAAAGAAGGAAGACCGGGGGGUGCGUGCGAAAAGACGGUGGGAAAAGGAAGAAGCGGAAUAAAAAUAUAGCGGGCGGAGUUGUGUGACACGGGCGAGAAAGACAGCGCGAACGGAGAUCCGGACUAUUCGGAGUGAGCAGUGAGAAGCAGAGAUAGAUAGAUAGAUAGAAAAGGAAAGAAAGAGAGGAGAGAGAGAGAGAGAGUGUGAGAGGUGCCCACCCGUCAUUUAUCCCGAUACAGCAUGACCUCAAACAACUCACAGAAGCUCUCCACGACGGAUCGAGUGAUCAAAAAUGUCCCAUUUCCACCGUCGCACAAAAUGACAGUGGCAGAGGUCUUCGACGAGCGGACAGAUCGGCCGCGGCCCGAGGUCCUCAAGCAGCACUUUAUCCUCGAAGGUAGAAUCGACGAGGCCGCGGCUCUUCGUAUAAUCAACGAUGGGGCCGCCCUCCUACGCUCGGAGAAGACCAUGAUAGACAUCGAGGCUCCGGUCACCGUGUGCGGCGACAUUCACGGACAGUUCUACGACCUCAUGAAAUUAUUCGAAGUGGGCGGGCCACCCUCCUCGACCAAGUAUCUCUUCCUCGGCGAUUACGUUGACAGAGGUUACUUCAGUAUCGAGUGCGUAUUGUACCUGUGGGCGCUGAAACUGUGCCAUCCGACCACACUCUUCCUCCUCAGAGGUAACCACGAGUGCCGUCAUCUCACGGAAUACUUCACAUUUAAACAGGAAUGUAGAAUAAAAUACUCCGAGAGGGUGUACGACGCGUGUAUGGAUGCCUUCGACUGUUUGCCGCUCGCUGCGCUUAUGAACCAACAGUUCCUCUGCGUGCACGGCGGCUUGUCGCCGGAAAUUCACAAUUUAGAAGAUAUUCGCAAACUGGACAGGUUCAAAGAGCCACCGGCGUUCGGGCCAAUGUGCGAUCUUCUCUGGUCGGACCCCCUCGAGGACUUCGGCAACGAGAAGAACGCGGAACACUUCUCCCACAAUAGCGUCAGGGGUUGUUCAUACUUUUACAGUUACGCAGCGUGUUGCGACUUUUUGCAAAACAACAAUUUGCUCAGCAUCAUAAGGGCGCACGAGGCUCAAGACGCCGGAUAUCGUAUGUACCGAAAGUCCCAGACGACAGGCUUCCCAUCGCUUAUCACCAUCUUCAGUGCGCCCAAUUACCUCGACGUGUACAACAACAAGGCGGCGGUUUUGAAGUACGAGAACAACGUGAUGAACAUCAGGCAAUUCAAUUGUUCGCCACACCCGUACUGGCUGCCCAACUUCAUGGACGUUUUCACAUGGUCGCUGCCGUUUGUGGGCGAGAAAGUUACAGAAAUGUUGGUGAAUGUGCUGAACAUCUGCUCGGACGACGAGCUGAUGACCGACGGCGACGACGCGCUCGAGGAAGUCGCAGCCAAAGUCGUUGUCCAAAAAAAGAAUGGUGCAGCAGCUAAUCUACGUAAGGAAGUAAUCCGUAACAAGAUUAGAGCCAUUGGCAAAAUGGCGCGUGUCUUCUCCGUCCUGAGAGAGGAGAGCGAGAGCGUGCUGCAGCUGAAGGGCUUGACGCCGACUGGAGCUCUGCCGCUUGGUGCAUUAUCCGGCGGCAAGACUUCCCUGAAAAAUGCUCUGCAAGGCUUCUCGCCGAACCACAAAAUCACCACGUUCGCCGAGGCCAAGGACUUAGACGCCAUAAACGAAAGAAUGCCACCGAGGAAGGACGCGCCGCCCACGCCGGUGAACGAGGAGAAGCCUGUGACAAAGCCGCCGACUCCUGUGGGAGACAAGCGGGACCACAAUACGCCGCAACCGCAAUCGUGAGCCCCACACUUGUCCAGUCAAGAUGGCGUGGACGGGUCCUAAAGACCCCCGGCGCUAUCGCCGCCGCCACCGAACAUUGCGAAACCAUUACUCGUCUCUUCCCCUGGCUGAUACAACUAAUGCGCUGUUCAUCAGGAGUCAGGAAAAGCCACCGCCGUAGCAAGAGAGGAAGAUCAGGAGCGAACGGACGGACGGGAGCGAAGCGCGAUUUUUCGUCGUCGAUUCAACAUUUUUCCAAUGCCGAGCGUGAUCAGUCACCCUUGGAUGCGCGCGUGGAGCAAGAAGAGAGUCGAAGAAAAGGAGCUGCGCAUGAUCGAAAUAUAUAUAUACGAUAACAUAUACAACACACAUACAUACACACACAUAUACACACACGUCCAACCGGGCGCGUUUUAGCGGGACUCCUCUCCUCCGAGGAUCUGCCUCCGUUUCUGUUCGCAUGCACUUUCGCGAACAGAGCAAAAACAACGUUUAGCGCCUCCCUUCUGCGAUGAGCCGCGCGCGUCCUCCGAUCUCUCUCUCUCUCUCUCUCUCUCUCUCUCUCUCUCUCUCUCUCUCUCU